ACUCCGCCGCGCACACUCGCACCGAUGCGCGGCUCCUGGGACGAGUCCACGACGGCGGCGCUGCACGCGCGCAUCCUGGAGGCGCACCGCGGGCCCGCGGCCGACCGCGCCGCCGAGCCCGCGCCCUGCGCCGACCCGCCGCCCGGCCUCUCCAUCAACGCCGUCGAGCUGGCUGCGCCCACGCCUCUCCUGCCGCUCCCGACGCUCUCCUUCAGCGCCGCGCAAGUCGCCACCGUCUGCGAAACACUCGAAGAAAGCGGAGACGUCGAACGGCUCGCCAGAUUUCUGUGGUCUUUGCCAGUCGCACAUCCAAAUGUGGCCGAACUCGAAAGAUGCGAGGCCGUACUUCGGGCGCGAGCCGUCGUGGCUUUCCAUGCGGGACGGCACCGAGAGCUAUAUUCCAUACUGGAGAGACAUCGCUUCCAGCGGUCGAGCCAUGCAAAAUUGCAAGCCCUGUGGCUGGAGGCCCAUUAUCAGGAAGCAGAGAGGCUGAGAGGACGCCCGCUCGGGCCCGUCGACAAAUACCGCGUCCGCAAGAAGUUUCCUUUGCCCCGAACGAUCUGGGAUGGUGAACAGAAGACGCACUGUUUUAAAGAACGGACACGAUCUCUCCUCAGGGAGUGGUAUUUGCAAGAUCCGUAUCCAAAUCCGACAAAGAAGAGGGAGCUGGCGGCUGCGACGGGGCUGACGCCGACGCAGGUGGGCAACUGGUUCAAAAACCGACGGCAGCGGGACCGCGCUGCGGCGGCCAAGAACCGAUCUGCUCUCCUCGGCAGAGGCUUCGCCUCCUCCUCCACGUACGACGAGGACUCAGUCGACUCCGAGAUCAACGUGGACGAAGAAUAGGCCGAGCCCGUGUACAGACUGAUAGUGUAAAUAAUCACGGUGAUACAAUUUUUAUAAGCGCGACUCCACCGACCCGCUCGGCCGUCGCACGAACGUUCUCAGUGACAAAUGGACGAUGCAAUAUAGACAAAGUUAUUGAUUAUCCCAGUUAGAGUCACAAAGUCCGUGAUGUAUGUGAUGUUAAGGCAUGGUAAACAAGUUUAUUAGGGCAUAAUUUUAUUGUUGAAAGUGUAAAGCGAGUGCUUGAAGUAAAAUCAGCAUUUCUACGCAUCAGGUAUGUACCUCUCUACUUUGUAGUGAAGUUUCGAUGGGUUUCAUAAAUUAAGUAUUUUCGGGCUAUUCCAUCAUUUUUCUAGCAACAAGAGAAAAUUUUAAAUUUCGGUUAAACAGGGUUUAUUUCAAAGUUUUAUUCGAAUCACUAUUGACUUAUCCAGUGAGGAUAUUCGAUUAUUUAUUUAGUUUUCUUUUAGGUAAAGUUAUAAGAUCUAUUAUGCCUUUUUCCGACAAGCAUUUACUUACCUAAAUAUUUAGUAUUGUCCUAACUAAUUUACCAAUAAAUAUAGUUUUAUUUAUCGUAUACAUUUUAGUUAAACAUUAAAAUAAUUAUUGAUAAUGUUGGAGGAAUAGAAAUUAUAUGUACUAUGAUAUUCGAAGUUUUGUACCUGAGCACGGACGACUUCGUACUCGUACACUCGCUGAUUUAGAACUUGUUGCAACCAAAUUGUAUUUAACUACAUCUAUUUUAUUUAUUUAUUGCGGUACAUGGUAUGUUUCCAUAGAAAAUACAUUGGAAAUGCUGUAAAAAUUGUUUUUAUUCAUUUUCUAGCAGUGACAACUCUAUGUUGCUCUCUACAUUUAGGCCUAAGUGAGCCGCGCGUACAACUUGCAAUGUGCCGAUAUUUGU